CCUUUGAAUUUAAUAAAAUUAAGAAUUUAAGCAGAGUUUGCAGCGUUUUUCAUGAUUUAAUUCCAUCGACCGUGACCGAAAUCAAUUAUUGUUUUCAAUGGCUGAUACUAAAUUCGGUCGUUAUGCUAGCUGUAGUUCUGUAAACAUGUCAUUACCUGUACAAGGUCUAACUAACUUAGAAUGCAAGAAUUUACAAGAUUAUCUACAAUCACGCACGCCCGAAACACUUGAGAAACUGUACACUCAUCCACCAAUCUGCUUGGCUGUCUAUCGAGAACUCCCCGAAAUUGCCCGACAGUUUAUAAUUCGCAUUUUAUUUGUAGAUCAACCAGUGCCAAAAGCUGUAGUGAGUUCCUGGGGAGCGCAACGCUGUGCUAAGGAUCAGACUGAGGCAGCUAGCUGCCUAACUAAUCUAAAUGUAUGGCGUGUAACAGCCAUACCAGGCGGUCUUGCAGCGUGGGAAUUGUCUCCAACAUUUAAAAAAAGCUUACGACAAGCAUUAUUGGGAGGCGGAAAGCCUUGGACAAUGACUAAUACAGUGGAAAAAGACUCUAAGCCGCGGGACAUUUCGUUUUUGGAUUCCUAUGCUAUGUCUCGCUGGCGUUGUGUGCUCCAUUACAUGGUGGGCACUGGCGCCCGUAGCAGCGGUACAACCGAUGCAGAGGCUAUCAGUCCUGAUGCAGUACGCAUAUUGCUCCAUGCGAAUUUGAUGAAAAGGGAUGACCGCGACGGAAUCACUAUAACACGGCAGGGCUUUCAAUUCUUGCUGCUAGACACACGAGCACAAGUCUGGCACUUUAUGUUGCAAUACCUCGAUACUUGCGAGGAGCGUGGAAUACCUCUUCCUGAAUGCUUAUCAAUGCUUUUUCAGUUAAGUUUUUCAACACUCGGUCGAGAUUACAGCUCAGAGGGUAUGAGUUGUCAAAUGCUUACAUUUUUACAACAUUUGCGGGAAUUUGGCUUGGUCUUUCAGCGAAAACGCAAAGAAGGCCGAUUUUAUCCCACUCGCCUAGCCGUCAAUGUAACCAAUAAAGAAGAAGGGCAAGUAGUGCGCACGACAUUAACAGAAGAUGUGCACCUGCAGAAUUCCGGUUAUAUUGUGGUAGAAACCAAUUACCGUAUUUAUGCAUAUACGGAUUCCCCGCUACAAGUAGCUGUCCUAGGAUUGUUUACAGAGUUGCUGUAUCGUUUUCCAAAUUUGGUAGUCGGCGUACUCACGCGAGAUUCGGUAAGGCAAGCGCUACGAGGGGGCAUAACUGCUGAACAAAUCGUAAGCUAUUUGGAACAGUACGCGCAUCCCAACAUGAAAUUAAUGGAAUCGGCCAUUAGGUCCAAAUCCUGUCUGCCACCUACUGUAGUUGAUCAAAUUAAACUAUGGGAAAUGGAGCGCAAUCGAUUUAUCUACACUGAGGGUGUGGUGUAUAAUCAGUUCCUAUCUCAAAACGAUUAUCUCACACUUCGCGAUUAUGCUUUGUCCAUUAACGUACUGGUAUGGCAGAAUGAGCGUACUCGUACUAUGGUUGUGCAAAAAAAUGGCCAUGAUGAUGUCAAGCGUUAUUGGAAAAAAUAUUCAAAAAUCGCAGGAUAGCAAGAUUACUUUAAUCUAAUAUUGUAUAUUACACAUAAAAAUUUUCGUCUGCUUUACUGCCGUGUUACAAUAGAUUAAAUAAAAAAAAUACAUAUUUACUCAUAUUAACUCAA